AUGAAGGAAGAACUGAAUAGAAGAAUGAGAGCAGCAUGGGCAGCAUUCGCACCCGUCAAAGAAACUACGGACCAACUGACAGACCAAGAUCUUCGUGCCCAUCUGUUUGACUCGACAGUUCUUGCAGCGCUCUGUUACGCAGCAAAAACGUGGGCAGACACCGUUGCCACGUCAAGGAAGCUACUUACUACCCACAGAGCCGUUGAGAAGCGUCUUCUGAAGUUUAACCGGCGCACACAACACCUAGUCGGUCUUCGCAGCUCCGAUUUAUGA